UUUUUUGUUCCUUUCUUACUUAACUUUAUCUGCUUCUAAAUUCUAAAGCGAAGACGUAGAAGCAUUUUCUCGCUAGGGUUUAACAAUCUGUUUGGAUACCGAGAAAAUGUCGAACGAGAUUCGGUUCUUCGAUCUCAACACCGGAGCUAAGAUCCCUUCCGUCGGUUUGGGAACAUGGCAGUCCGAUCCUGGCCUCGUCGGUGAGGCUGUCGCUGCUGCCAUCAAGGUUGGUUACCGCCACAUUGAUUGUGCUCAAAUCUAUGGCAACGAGAAAGAGAUCGGCUCUGUGUUGAAGAAGCUGUUUGAGGAGGGUGUAGUGAAGCGCGAGGAUCUGUGGAUUACUUCUAAACUCUGGAAUACUGAUCAUGCUUCAGAAGAUGUACCGCUAGCAUUGGACAGGACUUUGAGAGACUUGCAGCUUGAUUAUAUAGAUUUGUAUCUUAUCCACUGGCCUGCUCCUAUGAAGAAAGGAUCAGGGGGCUUUAAGCCUGAAAAUCUUGUGCAACCUAACAUACCUAGCACAUGGAGGGCAAUGGAAGCACUCUAUGACUCGGGCAAGGCACGGGCUAUAGGAGUAAGCAAUUUCUCCUCCAAGAAGCUGGGGGAUUUGCUGGAGAUUGCUCGUGUUCCUCCUGCUGUCAACCAGGUUGAGUGUCAUCCUUCAUGGCAGCAGGACAAGCUGCAGGCUUUCUGCAAAACCAAAGGUGUCCAUCUCUCUGGAUAUUCACCUUUGGGUUCCCCUGGAACAAACUGGCUUAAAAGUGAUGUCCUUAAGCAUCCUGUUCUAAAUAUGAUUGCGGAGAAACUAGGCAAGACUCCUGCACAGGUAGCUCUUCGCUGGGGACUGCAAAUGGGCCAUAGUGUGCUUCCCAAGAGUACAAAUGAAGCAAGGAUAAAGGAGAAUUUUGAUGUUUUUGACUGGUCUAUACCCGAGGAAUUAUUGGCUAAAUUUUCUGAGAUGCAACAGGUAAGUAUUUGGUGCUUAUCCUCAGUCUUUCUAGCAAGAUUAAUCAGGGGUACAACAUUCGUCCAUGAAACUUAUGGUGGCUACAGAUCUCUUGAAGAAUUGUGGGAUGGUGAAAUCUGAGCAGUCUACUCCAAAGCCGGUUUGAUAUGGAAUGGAGUGUUAAGAGAAGGCCUUCCUGUCUUUGGAGUUUAGGGUUAUGGGAAACUGAAUUUGUGUACUCCAUAUUUGUCAGCAAAAACCUGGAUACUGCUAUUGUUAAACAAUUGAAGGAAAAUAAAUAGCACAAGUGAUGGAUGAUAAACCCAUUCUUCAUAUGGUUUUUACCAUCGUUUGAAGUGAUUAAUAC